CGCCUGCGCUACGCCAUGGCCGCGCUCUUCGACAGCCGCUCGGACGCCCUGUUCGCCGUGGACCCGGCGAGCGGCGCCGUCACCACCGCCGCCCCGCUGGACCGCGAGAGCAAGAGCAGCCACGUGUUCCGCGUGACGGCCGUGGACCACGGCGCGCCGCGGCGCACGGCGCUGGCCACGCUCACCGUGACCGUGAGUGACGCCAACGACCACGACCCGGCCUUCGAGCAGAGCGAGUACCGGGAGAGCGUGCGGGAGAACCUGGAGGUGGGCUACGAGGUGCUCACGGUGCGGGCCACCGACGGCGACGCCGGCGCCAACGCCAACAUCCUCUACCGCCUCCUCAACGGCGGCGGCCCUAACGAGGUCUUCGAGAUCGACGCGCGCUCCGGCGUCAUCCGCACGCGGGGCGCCGUGGACCGCGAGGCCGUGGAGGCCUUCGAGCUGCUGGUGGAGGCCGCCGACCAGGGCCAGGAGCCGGGGCCCCGCAGCGCCACGGCCACGGUGCGCAUCGCCGUGGAGGACGACAACGACAACGCGCCGCAGUUCAGCAGCAAGCGCUACGUGGCGCAGGUGCCCGAGGAYGUGGCGCCCAACUCGGCCGUGCUGCGGGUGACGGCCACCGACCGYGACAAGGGCAGCAACGCCCUGGUGCACUACAGCAUCGUGAGCGGCAACACGCGCGGCCACUUCUACAUCGACGCGCAGACGGGCGCCCUCGACGUCGUCAGCCCCCUGGACUACGAGGCCAGCAAGGAGUACACGCUGCGCAUCCGGGCGCAGGACGGCGGCCGCCCGCCCCUCUCCAACAUCAGCGGGCUGGUGACGGUGCAGGUGCUGGACGUCAACGACAACGCGCCCAUCUUCGUGAGCACGCCCUUCCAGGCCACCGUGCUGGAGAAUGUGCCCCUGGGCUACUCCGUCAUCCACAUCCAGGCCAUCGACGCCGACUCGGGCGAUAACGCCCGCCUGGGCUACAGCCUGCUGGAGACCGGCACCGGCUUCCCCUUCGCCAUCAACAACAGCACCGGCUGGAUCGUGGUGGCCUCCGAGCUGGACCGCGAGGCGGUGGAUUUCUACAGCUUCGGCGUGGAGGCGCGGGACCAGGGCAGCCCCCCCAUGGCGUCCUCGGCCAGCGUCAGCAUCACUGUCCUCGACGUCAAUGACAACAGCCCCGAGUUCACGCAGCGGGAGUACGGCGCCCGCCUCAACGAGGACGCGGCCGUGGGCACCAGCGUGCUCACCGUGUCCGCCGUCGACCGCGACGCCAACAGUGUCAUCACCUACCAGAUCUCCAGCGGCAACACCCGCAACCGCUUCUCCAUCACCAGCCAGAGCGGCGGCGGCCUCAUCUCGCUCGCCCUGCCCCUGGACUACAAGCUGGAGCGCCAGUACRUGCUCAGCAUCACCGCCUCCGACGGCACGCGCCACGACACGGCCCAGGUCGUCGUCAACGUCACGGACGCCAACACGCACCGACCYGUCUUCCAGAGCUCCCACUACACCGUCAACAUCAACGAGGACCGGCCCGUGGGCACUACGGUGGUGGUCAUCAGUGCCACGGAUGAGGACACGGGCGAAAACGCCCGCAUCACCUACCUGAUGGAGGACAGCAUCCCCCAGUUCCGGAUCAACGCGGACACGGGGGCUGUCACCACCCAGAUGGAGCUGGACUAUGAGGACCAGGUGUCCUACACCCUGGCCAUCACGGCGCGGGACAACGGCAUCCCGCAGAAGUCCGACACCACCUACCUGGAGAUCCUGGUGAGCGACGUCAACGACAACGCGCCGCAGUUCCUCCGAGACGGCUACCAGGGCUCUGUGUACGAGGACGUACCGACCUUCACCAGCGUCCUCCAGGUCUCCGCAACCGACCGYGACUCGGGGCUCAAUGGCAGGGUCUUCUACACCUUCCAGGGCGGCGAUGACGGCGAGGGCGACUUCAUCAUCGAGUCCACCUCGGGCAUCGUGCGCACGCUGCGGCGCCUGGACCGGGAGAACGUCCCGCUCUACGCCCUGCGCGCCUAUGCCGUGGACAAGGGCAUCCCGGCGCGGCGGACGCCCGUGGAGAUCCAGGUGACGGUGCUGGACGUCAACGACAACCCGCCCGUGUUCGAGCGGGACGAGUUCGACAUCUUCGUGGAGGAGAACAGCCCCAUYGGGCUGGUGGUGGCCCGCAUCACGGCCAGCGACCCCGACGAGGGCCCCAACGCGCAGAUCAUGUACCAGAUCGUGGAGGGCAACAUCCCCGAGGUCUUCCAGCUGGACAUCUUCUCCGGCGAGCUCACGGCGCUGGCCGACCUGGACUACGAGAGCAAGGCGGAGUACGUGAUGGUGGUGCAGGCCACGUCGGCGCCGCUCGUGAGCCGCGCCACGGUGCACGUGCGCCUGCGCGACACCAACGACAACAGCCCCCAGCUGCGCAACUUCGAGAUCCUCUUCAACAACUACGUGGCCAACGGCUCGGGCGCCUUCCCCGGCGGCGUCAUCGGCCGCGUGCCGGCCCACGACCCCGACGUCUCGGACCGGCUCCGCUACGCGUUCGAGCAGGGCAAYGAGCUGCAGCUGGUGCUGCUGGACGCGGGCACGGGCGAGCUGCGCCUCAGCCCGGCGCUGGACAACAACCGCCCGCUGGAGGCCGUCAUGAGGGUCUCGGUGUCCGACGGCGUCCACACGGCGACGGCGCAGUGCACGCUGCGCGUCACGGUCAUCACGGACGAGAUGCUGAGCAACAGCAUCACGCUGCGCCUGGCCGACAUGUCCCAGGAGCGCUUCCUCUCGCCGCUGCUCAGCCUCUUCCUCGAGGGGGUGGCGGCCGUGCUGGGGGCCCCCCGCCACCGCGUCGUCCUCUUCAACAUCCAGGCGGACACGGACGUGGGCGCCGCGCGCAUCCUCAACGUGAGCCUGUCRGCGCUGCGGCCGGCGGCGGCGCGCGGCGCCCGCUUCUUCUCCUCCGAGGAGCUGCAGGAGCGCCUCUACCUCAACCGCUCGCUGCUGGCCGCGCUCUCGGCGCAGCGCGUGCUGCCCUUCGACGACAACGUGUGCCUGCGCGAGCCCUGCGAGAACUACCUGCGCUGCGUCUCCGUGCUGCAGUUCGACAGCUCCGCGCCCUUCCUCGCCUCCGACACCAUCCUCUUCCGGCCCAUCCACCCUGUGACCGGCCUGCGCUGCCGCUGCCCGCCCGGCUUCACCGGCGACUACUGCGAGACCGAGAUCGACCUGUGCUACUCGAGCCCCUGCGGCGCCCACGGGCGCUGCCGCAGCCGCGAGGGCGGCUACACCUGCGAGUGCCACGAGGGCUUCGCGGGUGAGUUCGCCACCAAGGAGCGGGACGGGCUGCUGCUCUACAACGGGCGCUUCAACGAGAAGCACGACUUCGUGGCGCUGGAGCUCGUGGGCGAGCAGCUCCAGUUCACCUUCUCCGCAGGCGAGUCCACCACCACCGUGUCCCCCUACGUGCCCGGCGGCGUGAGCGACGGCCAGUGGCACCGCGUGCAGCUGCACUACUACAACAAGCCCGUGCUGGGCAAGUCGGGGCUGCCGCAGGGCCCCUCGGAGCAGAAGGUGGCCGUGGUGACGGUGGACGACUGCGACACGGGCAUGGCCCUCAAGUUCGGCGCCGCGCUCGGCAACUACUCGUGCGCCGCGCAGGGCACCCAGGCGGGCAGCAAGAAGUCCCUGGACCUCACGGGGCCGCUGCUGCUGGGCGGCGUGCCCACGCUGCCCGAGAGCUUCCCCGUGCGCAGCCGCCACUUCGUGGGCUGCAUGCGGCACCUGCACGUGGACGAGCGCCCCGUCGACCUGGCCGCCUUCAUCGCCAACAAUGGCACCGUGCCAGGUGGGCUGAGCGAGGGGCAGGYGGAGGCCGGCGUGUGGCGGGGGGGCGCCCGGCUGGCCCUGCUGCGCCUGCCCCACGCCAAGGUCAACGACGGCGACUGGCACCACGUGCAGCUGGAGCUGCGGGGGGCCCCGGGGCGCCCCCCGCCCGCUGCCCGCCUCCUGCUGGCCCUCGACUACGGCCGCCACCAGGCGGCGGCCGACGUGGCCGGGGAGCUGCAGGGGCUGCGGCUGAGCGCGCUGAGCCUGGGCGGGCUGGCGGGCGACGACGGGCGCGUGCAGCAGGGCUUCCGCGGCUGCCUGCAGCGCGUGAACGUGGAGCGGGGCUGCGCCCUGCCCGACCCCUGCGACUCCAGCCCCUGCCCGGGCAACAGCUACUGCAGCGACGACUGGGACAGCUUCUCCUGCAGCUGCGACCCGGGCUACUACGGCGAGGGCUGCGUCAGCGCGUGCGCCCUCAACCCCUGCGAGCACCAGGCGGGCUGCAGCCGCCGGCCYGGCACCUGGCGCGGCUACGGCUGCGACUGCCCGCCCGGCUUCUUCGGGCCCUACUGCGAGCACAAGUUCGACCAGCCGUGCCCACGGGGCUGGUGGGGCCACCCCACGUGCGGGCCCUGCAGCUGCGACGUGGCCAAAGGCUUCGACCCCGACUGCAACAAGACGACGGGCGAGUGUCGCUGCAAGGAGAACCACUACCGGCCGGCGGGCAGCGACGCCUGCCUGCUCUGCGACUGCUACCCCACGGGCUCGCUGUCCCGCGUGUGCGACGCCGCCAGCGGGCAGUGCCCGUGCAAGGCGGGCGUCAUCGGGCGCCACUGCGACCGCUGCGACAACCCCUUCGCCGAGGUGACGGCGAGCGGCUGCGAAGUCAACUACGACAGCUGUCCCCGCGCCAUUGAGGCCAACAUCUGGUGGCCCCGGACGCGCUUCGGGCUGCCCGCCGCCGCGCCGUGCCCCAAGGGCUCCAUCGGCACGGCGGUGCGGCACUGCGACGAGCACAAGGGCUGGCUGCCCCCCAACCUCUUCAACUGCACCUCGCUGGCCUUCGCCGCGCUCAAGGGCUUCGCGGAGCGGCUGGUGCGCAACGCGUCGCUGCUGGACACGGCGCAGUCGCAGCGCGUGGCCCUGCAGCUGCACAACGCCACGCGCCACACGGCCGCCUACUUCGGCAGCGACGUGCGCCUCGCCUACCAGCUCUCGGCGCGGCUGCUGCAGCACGAGAGCGCCCAGCGCGGCUUCCGCCUGGCCGCCACGCAGGACGUGCACUUCACCGAGAACCUGCUGCGCGUGGGCAGCGCCCUGCUGGACGCCAGCAACAAGCGGCACUGGGAGCUCAUCCAGCAGACGGAGGGCGGCACGGCGUGGCUGCUCAAGCACUUCGAGGAGUACGCGAGCGCCCUGGCGCGCAACAUGCGCCAGACCUACCUGAGCCCCUUCACCAUCGUCACCCCCAACAUCGUGGUGUCCGUGGUGCGGCUGGACAAGGGCAGCUUCGCGGGCGCCCGGCUGCCCCGCUACGAGGCCCUGCRCGGAGAGAAGCCCCCCGACCUGGAGACCACCGUCAUCCUGCCCGAGAGCGUCUUCCGGGCCCCCCAGGGCACACCCCCCUCGGCCGGGCCCGGGAAGCCCCCGGCACCUCCCGGUGGGCAGGAGCAGGGGGCUGAGGAGGAGGCCGAGGAGGAGGAGGAGGAAGACGAGGAGGCGCCGCUGGUGACGCGGCACAAGAGGCACCCGGAGCGCGGCGAGGGCCAGGCCAUCGCCAGCGUCAUCAUCUACCGCACGCUGGCGGGGCUGCUGCCCGAGCAGUACGACAGCGACAAGCGCAGCCUCCGGGUGCCCAAGCGGCCCGUCAUCAACACGCCCGUGGUGAGCAUCAGCGUGCACGACGCGGCGCAGCGGGCGCCCACGGCGCUGCACAAGCCCAUCACGCUGCAGUUCCGCCUGCUCGAGACCCAGGAGCGCUCCAAGCCCAUCUGCGUCUUCUGGAACCACUCGCUGCUGGCGGGCUCCACGGGCGGCUGGUCGGCGCGCGGCUGCGAGGUCGUCUUCCGCAACCGGAGCCACGUGAGCUGCCAGUGCAACCACCUCACCAGCUUCGCCGUCCUCAUGGACAUCUCCCGCCGCGAGAACGGGGAGGUGCUGCCGCUGGCGGCGCUCACCUACGCGUCGCUGGCCGUGGCGCUGGCCGGGCUGCUGCUGGCCGUGCUGGUGCUGGGCGCCCUGCGCGGGCUGCGCUCCAACCGCCACAGCAUCCGCCGGCACGGCGCCACCGCCCUGCUGCUGGCGCAGCUCGUCUUCCUGCUCGGCAUCAACCAGGCCGAGCUGCCGCUGGCGUGCACGGUGGUGGCCAUCCUGCUGCAGUUCCUGUACAUGAGCGCGGUGGGCUGGGCGCUGCUCGAGGGGCUGCACCUGUACCGGCGCCGCAGCGAGCCGCGCCACGUGGACCGCGGGCCCAUGCGCUUCUACCACGUGCUGGGCUGGGGGCUGCCCGCCUUCAUCACCGGGCUGGCGGUGGGGCUGGACCCCGAGGGCUACGGCAACCCCGACUUCUGCUGGCUCUCCAUCCACGACAGCCUCGUGUGGAGCCUCGCGGGGCCCAUCGCCUGCGCCGUGGCGGCYGGCGUCUUCUUCCUCGUGCUGGCGGCCAGGGCCACGUGCGCCAGCGGCCAGGGCUGCGAGAAGAAGCGCACAGUCUCGGGGCUGCAGACGGCGGUGGUGCUGCUGGUGCUGCCCAGCCUGGCCUGGCUCCUGGCGCUGCUCUCGGUCAACAGCGAUGCCAUCCUCUUCCACUACCUCUUCGCCGCCUCCAACUGCGUCCAGGGCCCCCUCAUCUUCCUCUUCUGCGUGGUGCUGAGCAAGGAGGUGCGGAGGAGCCUGCGCGCCAGCUGCGCCCGCGGYGCCGCCGCCGACCCCGCGCUGGCCACCAAGGCCACGCUGACGGCCGCCUCGCGCUGCGACAGCACCUACGUGGCGGGGCGGGCGGCGGGCGGCUCGGCGGCCUCGCUGCCCAGCACGGCGCGCUCCCAGCACAGCUACAUCCCCUUCGUGCUCAGGGACGAGGCKGCACCCGAGGGUGGCCGCGCGGGGCAGCCCGAGCCCGGCGGGCCCUUGGCGCAGGAGGAGGCGGCGGCGCUGGCGGACGGGCACGACACCGACUCCGAGAGCGAGCUGUCUCCGGAGGACGAGGGCAGCGGCUCGGGCGCCUCCUCGCGCUCCUCGGAGAGCGAGGACGAGGGCGCCGAGGGCUGCUGGGAGAGCCURCUGGGCGCCGCCGCCGUGCCCGCCGUGCCCGCGCAGCCCUACUGGCCCGGMGACUUCGUCACCACCACCACCACGACGGCGAGCGAGAGCGAGGGCGCCGAGGCGCUGCGCGUGCAGCCGCGGCAGGGCCUGCAGCAGCAGCUGGGCGCCGCGGCGCCCGUCGCCAUGAGCAUCAAGGCCGGCACCGUGGACGAGGACUCGUCCGGCUCCGAGUUUCUGUUUUUCAAUUUUCUCCAUUAACACCUGGGGGGACAUUUGUGUGUGCGGGGUGGGGGUCCUCCUGCUUCCCGCCCCGGGCCGCCCACCCCAUCUGUGUGUGCGGGUGCCCCCGGCCCGCUCGUGAACACGCAUCCGUCUGUCU